UGACAAGACAGACACGUUUGUUUGCCUUGCCUUCUCCACGCCAGCUGCCGCUACCGUCACUUCCGUCGCUCCCGCCGCCUCACCGCAGCACCAUCCCCCUCCCAGAGAGGCGCCAUGAGCUCCCGCCGUCGCUCGGCUAACAGCCCCAACAAUGGGGCCUACCUGACGGUUGCCGACCGGAAGAAUUCCGACAAGAACCGCCAGAAGAAUCUCUUCAACAAUGACACCAGCGCCAUCUCCAUCUUCGGCGGGGACCAUCCGAUCAACAACUUUGCCCCCUCGCAGAAGAUGAUCGACAUCAAGUCCAUCGAUGAGGAGCAGCUUCGCAUUCUAAUCGAUGGACGGACGUUCGAUGCCGGUUAUCUCCCCCACAAGCACACCACUCCCAUCGAGGUGCAGAUUUACAUCCGCCCUCGUAGCUUGUGUGUGCUGGAUAAGAAGUCCCAGGUGGUCCUGGACGAGUUCGACUUGACCCGUAUUCUGCAGUACUCCUUCAAUCCCACGCAGUCUACCUUCUCCCUGUACUACAUGAGCAACGAUGACGGUUCUCGCUGCGACCGCUAUGUCUUCCGCUCGGAGCAUUACUUCGCCAUCCAUGAGUUCCUCAACAUUGUCAUUCAGCUGGUGCUCCAGUCGCAGCAGGCCAUGGUGCCAGAUGGCGCACAGCCGGCCGCCGGAUCGGGUGCCGAUGCCGAGGGCGGUGUUGCCCAAGCCGAGGGCGCCCAGCCCAAUGAUGGCAGCGGUGCUGUCACUGCUGUCGCUGCCGCCGCCGAUCCCAAGCUGACCGAUGAGGCUGGCAGCUUCUUCCCCCCGGCCGGUGACAUGCCCGUCCCGGCCGCUUCCUCAGCCGCCGAGUCUGCCGAGUCAGGUGCGAAUCGGCUCCUCGCCAUCUUUGAUCCCCCUCCCUCCACUCCGACCAGUCCUGAUGGCGGGUCCGGGGCAACUCCAGCAGCUCCCACUGGCGAUAGCGAGGCCGCCAAGAGCAAGCUCGUUUCGGAUGCCACACUCCAGCGCUCGCAAAAGACCAAGGACUACUUUGAGACCCGCUACCGCAACCAGGACCCCUCGGCUGUCCGGGGCUCCCUCCUGAAGGAUCGCAUGCUCUCCGGUGGGUCGACAGCCCCAGAGUCGCCGGGUGCUCUGCAGCCUCCCCUGCCGCGCGAGUCAACCGAGCCUGAGCACCAGUCGACACCGGGUUCUCAGGGCGGGUCAACCGGCAAGAAGGCCGGGUCCCUGCGGCUGCAGGGGCUCCUCCUGGACUGGGGUACCAUGCGCCAGCGCAAGCCGCGCCCGGUGACCGGCGAGGGCACCGACUCCGGCAAGUACGGCGUGCCGCCUGCUCCGCCGACUGCCGGCAGUCCUGGCAGUGGCCGGGGCUCGGCCAUCGGCAACCUCUACAACCCUUCGUCCAUGGAGGAGAUCACCAACCGCUUUGACAAGAAUGGCAAGGUGAUCCUCAACCGGCGGAUGAUCGAAAACCGCUACCAGGUGUCCACCGGCACGCUGGAGGGGCUGAUUGAUUAUCUGGCGGAUCUGAACUCCCCCGACUCGAUGUUCAUCAAUGACUUCCUGCAGUCCUUCCGGAACUUCAUGACCCCGACGGCACUGUUCGAGCGUCUGACCAACCGCUUCUGGAUGCCGGGCGUGGUGAUCUCCACGGAUCCGGCCCCGUCGAAGCAGUCGACCCUCGGCAAGAAGGACAAGAAGCCUGGCGAGCCGGAGGUUGAUGUGGCUAUCUGUCUGGACGCGGGGACCGUCAUCACCAAGGAUGUGCAGGAGCUCAUCCGGUUCCGUGUCCUUUCCGUGAUCAAGAAGUGGGUCGACCGCCACUGGUAUGAUUUCGAGAACCUCGAGCUGCUGCGGCUCCUGCGGACCUUCGUCACGGAGAUUUCCGACCAUGGCUUCGGCGUCGUGGCCGAGCAGAUCAACAUCAAGAUCAAUGGCAUUCCCCGCCUCCGCUCCGAAAUGAUGCGCGAGGCUGACCUCAGCUUCGGCAAGAUUGUCAACCUGGACCUGUUCUCUGUGACGCCGAAGGAGCUGGCCCGGCACCUGACCAUGGUGUCCAUCGCCAAGUUCAAUCGCAUCAUCCCGGACGAGUUUGCCAUCCUCCUCUGGGGCUCCAAGGAGGAGCGGGUAACCAUGACGCCAAACCUGACGCACUUCAUCAAUCGCUUCAAUGACAUUGGCUAUUGGGUGGCCACCGAGCUGUGUCGGGUGGAGGACCUCCGCCGGCGGGCCCAGCUGAUGGAGAUGUUCAUCCAGGUGGCGCGGUAUUGCCUGAAGUACCAGAACUUCAAUGACCUGAUUGCCAUCCUGUCCGGGCUUCAAACGAUCCCGAUCUACCGGCUGCGCAAGACCUGGGCCGCUCUGUCUCAACGGUCGCUGAACCUCUUCCGGGAGCUGGAGGCCAAGGUGUCGCCGGACAACAACUACAAGGCCUACCGGACGCUGGAGUACAGCGCCCCGACGCCGCGCAUUCCCUUCUUCGGCUUGUGCCUGAAGGAUCUCACAUUCAUGAACGAUGGUAACCAGACGAUCCUGGUCAAUGGCAUGAUCAACUUCGAGAAGUACCUGCUGGUCAUGGGGAAGAUCAUGGAAAUUCGCGUGAGCCAGGAGAGCAAUUACAACUUCCCCAAGAAUGAGUCGCUUAUGGCCUAUUGCGAUCUGCUGCUCCACGAGUCGGAGGAUGAGCUGACCGACAAGUCCUACGUGCUGGAGCCCUCGACUCGGCCCAUGCGGCGGGUGUCGGUGUCCAGCGUGUCCAGCUCGCAGAGCACCGCCAGCGAUGCGACCACCGUCGCGCCGAGCAUCUACUCGGCGACCGAUGCCUACCCGGGCAGUGAUGAUACCUCGGCCAGCAGUGUGAUCCUUUCCUCUUCGGCAUCGUCCAUUUCCAGUGUGACUUCCUCGCCGGCGUCUGGCGCCCCGGCGCCCAUCUCCUCGGCUGCUGCCAACCAGGCCGCCGGGGCUGAUGACUUGUCCUCGAGUUUGUCGUCGAUGUCACUGCGUGGGGCUGACACUUCGAGCGUUGACGGCGGCGCCAGCAUCCUUGGCACCAGUGACAGUUCUACCGGCGCCUGGUAAAAUGCGGCAAUUUCCUUUUCUCUCCCUCCCCCCCCCUCUCCCUCUCUCUCCUCCUCUCCGCUCCUCCCCUCCUCCCCUCCUCCAUUCUUCUCCAUCUCUUCCUCCCUCCCCCUCCCCCCGACUGUUUCCCCUCUGUUGCAUGGCCACAUGCCGAUGUACUGUUGCGACGCGUGUGUGCGAGACGAAGUGGGGGAGCAUCAAUCGGAGGAGGGGGAGCCUCUCUCUCUCUCUCUCUCUCUCUCUCUCUCUCUCUCUCGACUCUGAUACGCGCAUACGCGUGUAUCGUGCGCCCAUGCUUGCCCAUAAACAUUCAAACACACAGAUAUCCAUUUCCCCCUUCCUUCCUUCUCGUUGCGUGUUAUGGUUAUGUUGGUGUGUCGCCGUGUGCCAUACGCCCCUCCAUAUUCGAAUGCCUUGCAUGCACUCGUGUGGUUGUGUGUGUCCUCUGCAUGCCCUCUUCCUUCAUUGUUCCUUGUCCUUCUCUCCCUCCCUUGCACUCGGGCGCG